UGUUUCUGCCUUGAGGGGAAUAAACGGAGGACUUUACUGUUUUUUAACUGAACUCAUAACGGAUUCCGAGCGCCCCUGACCCAUCGCACCAUGGCAGAUCCCGAUCUUGACUUCCAGACUGGCGAGUCUGGUGCCUCCGCCACCUACCCUAUGCAGUGCUCUGCUCUGCGUAAGAACGGCUAUGUGGUGCUGAAGGGACGUCCUUGCAAAAUUGUGGAGAUGUCCACCUCCAAGACCGGCAAGCACGGGCAUGCUAAGGUUAACCUGGUUGGUAUCGACAUCUUCACCAACAAGAAGUAUGAAGAUAUGUGCCCCUCCACCCACAACAUGGAUGUUCCCUCCAUCAAGAGGAUAGACUACCAGUUGGUUAACAUCAACGAGAACUACAUGUCCUUGAUGAGCGACAACGGUGACAUCAGGGAGGACCUGCGUGUCCCUGAAAACGAAGUCGGCAAGGAAAUUGAGGCAAAGUUUGAUGCAGGCGAUGAAUUCAUGGUCACCGUGAUUUCUGCCAUGGGGGAGGAAUGUGCUGUCGCUACCAAGGUCUUGGCCAGCAAAUAGGGAGACGGACUUUGCUGCCCAGGCAACAAGCACCACCCACAACCAGUCUCUUGCAUUCUCAUUGGUUCUGUCACCAAAGCGUCGGCCUUCACAGACAACCUCAAUCAUUCUGUUGUGAUUUCUCUCAUCAUAUAUCUUUUAUUUUCUCCCCUUCUCGUUUCUCUUUUCCAUUGCUGUUGGGAAUGUUCCACUGCAGCUCGCUGCGUGGUCCUCUGCCUGAUCACUGAGGUUUUGUUUGGUAACAAUCUACUUUAUAUAAAACAACUUCAAAAAUAA